CGCACGAUUUUUAAGAGACAAUCGAUGUUUAAAUCGAUAAGUCAAAUGAAAUCGAUUGAUUCAACCACUCAUCGUUCCUUGUUCCAACCGUCAUUCUUUUUUCGUGCGAGAUAGCUUACACACGCAUACCCUACUCGGAAAAAAUAAAAUUUAUUUCUUCAUAAAAAAUGUCGAAACGUGAUCUACAAUACUUAAAGAAAAAACUUAAACAGCUCGAAGAUCAACAAAAACGGAAACGCCGUCGAAUUUUUAUAGAAUCUUCAACAGAUACUGACGAUAACUCGUCUCGCAGUUCCACUUCGCCAACCCCGAAUAACGGUACACCUGGAGAGUCUGCCCCAGUACUUAUCGAUGAACUCUCAAUACCGGUACCAGAAAAUAACGCCGAUGCUGAUGCCACCCCGGAACUUGACCCGGAUGUACUUACCGCGCUUGGAGAAGAAAUUGAGGAUAAAAGUAAAUUUGGGGAAGCUAUUCAUCGUAAUCUAGCCCAGCGAUGGGAACCUAUCCUUAAAAAAGGCUUACCAAAAGAAGCAAAGGAGAAGCUGAUGAAGGAGUACCUUAUACCCGAAAAUUGCACUUUAUUGCAAGCGCCAAAAUUGAAUCGUGAGGUAUCGGCCGCUAUAGCUGAGGCAGCCAGGCAACGGGACAAGAAGAAGGAGACUGCGCAGCAGCAAUUAGGGAUUGGCAUAUCGGCUAUUAAUAAGGCUUUGACAUCGAUGCUAACCUCGGAUAAUAAAGUAGAAGCCAUUAAAAUAUUAAGCGAUGGAUGCCGAAUACUUACUGACCUUCACUUUCAAGAGACGCAGGCGCGUAUUAGUGUUAUUAAUUACUCUCUCGCGAAACCAUUCCUUAAUGUUGUCCAAGACAGCGAAAGAGAUGACACGUUGUACGGGAAUAAGUUGGGUGAAAAAAUAAAGGCCUCAAAAACGAUUGAAAAACAAGGCCUUUCUAUCAAAAAAUUUGUAAAGACUUCUAAAAGUACGUCUAAUACAGAACACCCAACACCAGUUCUGCGCUCGCAUUACCAGACCAAACAAACUGGCUCAUACCAGGGAAACUGGACCGGGUCUUCGCGCUACCAUCAGAACAGGGGGGGGGCGCCGAGGACCAAGCAGGACGAUUGCCCCUGUGACACGCCGGUCUCAAGCGCAACAAUCGUCGAGCACAGCGGUCACGAGCAAAUCGAAAACAACCGCAACUCGUCAGUGAACCAGAAAUCACCUUACCCUGGGUGCCGCGAUUCUCUCAGGCAAGCGUUCUCCUCGCGGGGUGCUCCAGACUCGACCCUAGAUCUCAUGUUAGCAUCAUUGGCCAAGAAUACUAUGCGACAAUAUAAUGUUUCAUUUAAGCUCUGGUGGCAAUAUUGCAAUGACAAUAGUCUAGAUGUCUUUGAUUGCUAUGUGCCGACAGUUUUAUCUUUCUUAAGUUCGCAGUAUUAUAAUGGAGCCUCAUAUGGAUCCUUAAAUAAUCACAGAUCAGCAUUAUCACUUUUACUAGGUAGUAAUAUUGGAUCUGAUGACCGUAUUAAAAGACUCCUUAAAGGAGCAUUUAAAUUAAGACCUAGCUUUCCUAAAUACUCUAAUACAUGGGAUCCGCAAGUAGUUCUCAGUUAUAUUUCCGAAUGGAAAUUGGAAACGCUAUCGGGCGCUCACUGCACCGUUGCAACGAACGCCACCGCACUGGUAUUUCAGACAUCCACCGUUUCGGCAGCCCUGGCUAAUGUCGGAACAAUGCACGAAUCUGGACAGCCAGAUCCGACCGGCUCCGAAGAUAAACGACAACCGUAG